UAGACGACGAAGAAAGAACUCUUCCAAAAAGAAGAAACCUUUUUCUUUUGAAGAAGAAUUCAAAAAGAGCAAGUUGAAAAUAAGAGAUGGGUUCAACGGGAGGUCCGAGUCCAUUGCGCUCCGUCCGGGGCUAACCUUCCAACUCCAAAUCCCUCGGAAGUCUCUCCUCCUCCUCCUCCUCUUCGACCAAGCUGCUCGAUGAUCUGCAGAGGACGGGUGGUGGGAGGUCCGGGAAUGCGAAGUUGAGGGCCCUGGAUGCCACCAGUUUAGUCGUUUUGUUUCCUUCUUACGUUUUGUAGGAUCGAACCAUCGGCGAUCGUCUCCGAUCAUGGCGGUCGUUGACAAUACUGACGGCUCGGCUCCUUCUGUUAGCCGCGAACUCAACGCCGGUGGCGGGAAAGAAGAUGAGAGUGAUCAUAUAGGGGAGACUCGGAUCACUGUACCAGUGAUGCGGCCCCACCAUGAAUCGUCCUUUUCGGACUUUCAACUUGAGGUCUUCAAGCCGCCGAUGGCGCAACAGAGGCCCGGGAAGGCGGCAGCGGCGACGUCUCAGUUGUCCAAUGGCGGCAGUAGAGAAAACGGUGAGGUUGGGUUCAAGCAGGAUAUGAGGGAUCUGGAGGAGCUGCUAUCUAAGCUGAACCCUAUGGCUGCGGAGUUUGUGCCGCCAUCGCACACUAACUACGCAUCCAGGAGUUUUGGGGACAGAGGCGGCGGUUUCGUCUCGAACAACGUGGGGAUACAUGGCUUGUACACGAACGGAGGUUAUCUAAACGGAGGUUAUGCGAAUGGUGUCAAUAGUAAUGGUGGUCAUCGGGGGAGGAAUGGUUACAGCCAAGGAAAAAGGCGGAUGAACAACCGAACUAGUAUGGCCCAAAGAGAAGAUAUAAUUAGAAGGACUGUCUAUGUUUCUGACAUUGAUCAUCAGGUGACUGAAGAAGAGCUUGCAGCACUCUUUGUGAGCUGUGGACAGGUUGUCGAUUGUCGUGUAUGUGGUGACCCAAACUCGGUUCUUCGUUUUGCAUUUGUAGAGUUCACCGAUGAGGAUGGUGCAAGGGCCUCCUUAAAUAUUUCUGGAACAAUGCUUGGGUUUUACCCAGUAAGAGUGCUCCCUUCAAAAACUGCAAUUGCACCUGUAGACCCAAAAUACUUGCCAAGGUCCGAAGAUGAGCGUGAAAUGUGCACAAGGACCAUCUAUUGUACAAAUAUUGAUAGUAAGAUAACCCAAGCAGAAGUGAAACUUUUCUUUGAAACAGUUUGUGGACCGGUCUAUCGCUUGAGGCUUCUUGGAGACUACCACAAUGCCACUCGAAUUGCUUUUGUUGAAUUUGCAAGGGCUGAGAGUGCCAUUGCUGCUCUCAAUUGCAGUGGCGCAGUACUGGGCUCCUUCCAGUUGAGGGUAAGUCCUUCGAAGACGCCAGUGCGGCCUCGUGCAACUCGGUCACACAUGUCUUGAAUCUUUGUGGUUGUUGCUUAUCCAUAUCAAGGAUGUUAUCAUCUUCCUGUAUCGAGGCUAUUGUUGCAUUUUCAAAUUCAGUUGCUUACCUAUGUUCAGACAGUUGUUGUCUACCCAAGUUUAGACAGUUCUCUAUAAUUUUUUUGGGAUAUUAUUGCUUAAUGAUUUUUGGGCAAUUGUUCUUCUUAAAU